GUGAGGUGCGGGGUUUGUGAGGGAGUCCCGCGCGGGAGUGCGUCUCGGAGCGCCCCGGUUUCUCCUGUGCGAGCAGGAGGCGGGAGAAGAACCCGCACAGUCGGCGGCCCCUUGAGGAGGGGUCCGCGGCGGCCGAGGGCGGCAGCCGGGAAUGCAGGAUGGCGGCGGCGGGGGAAGGAGCCGCUCNNAGUGAAGCCAUGUCCAUGGUAGGAGAUGAAUGGGAGUUGAGCAAAGAAAAUGUACAACCUUUACGGCAGGGCCGGGUCAUGUCCACACUUCAGGGAGCUUUGGCACAGCAGGAAUCUGCCUGUAACACUACUCUUCAACAGCAGAAACGGGCAUUUGAAUCUGAAAUUCGGUUUUAUGCUGGAAAUGACCCUCUGGAUGUUUGGGAUAGAUAUAUUAACUGGACAGAGCAGAACUACCCUCAAGGAGGGAAGGAGAGUAACAUGUCAACAUUAUUAGAAAGGGCUGUAGAAGCUCUACAAGGAGAAAAGCGCUAUUAUAGUGACCCUAGAUUCCUCAGUCUCUGGCUUAAAUUGGGGCAUUUAUGCAAUGAGCCUUUGGAUAUGUAUAGUUAUUUACACCAUCAAGGGAUUGGAGUUUCACUUGCUCAGUUCUACAUCUCAUGGGCCGAAGAAUAUGAAGCCAGAGAAAACUUUAAGAAAGCAGAUGCAAUAUUUCAAGAAGGAAUUCAACGAAAGGCCGAGCCACUAGAAAGACUACAGUCCCAGCACCGACAGUUCCAAGCUCGUGUGUCUCGACAAACUCUGUUAGCACUUGAGAAAGAAGAGGAGGAGGAAGUUUUUGAAUCGUGUAUAUCACAACGAAGCACACUAGCUGAACUAAAGAGCAAAGGGAAAAAGACAGCAAGAGCUCCCAUUAGCCGUGUGGGAGGUGCUCUCAAGGUUUUAUUUAUUUUAAUACAGCAAGAAGAGAAGGAGCCUAUCCAGGAGACAGUAAAAUUGCAACCUGCAUCAGAGUCUCAGGAAAUGGCAAGAAUGGCUUUAUCCAGUUCUGUUUAUCCACUAAAUUCUUAUCCCAGGGAACCUUCACUUGCAGAAAACAUUUGUCGAGAACAACCUCAUUGUGAAGGUCCCGACAUGCCUUUUUCCAUUUUCGAUGAAUUUCUUCUUUCAGAAAAAAAGAAUGAAAGUCUUCCUGCAGAUCCCCCACCGGUUUUAGCCCAACGAAGACCACUUACUGUCCUCAAAACUGCAGAAAGCAUCGCCUCAAAUGAGGAUGUGUCUCCAGAUACUUGUGAUGAAUUCACAGGAAUUGAGCCUUUGAGUGAAGAUGCUAUCAUCACCGGUUUCAGGAAUGUAACUAUUUGUCCUAACCCAGAAGACACUUGUGACUUUGUUAGAGCAGCUCGUGUUGCCUCUACUCCUUUUCAUGAGAUAAUAUCCUUGAAGGACCUCCCUUCUGAUCCUGAGAGACUGCUGCAAGAAGAAUAUGUUGAUGCAAAGACCUCUGAGGGCCAGCAGAUCACAUGCAGCACUAGCUACCAUCAAACCCUCAGCAACAAGAAGCUAAGCCCAAUCAUUGAAGAUAGUCGUGAAGCUACACAUUCUUCUGGCUUUUCUGGAUCUUCUGCCUCAGUUGCAAGCAUCUCCUCCAUCAAAAGUCUUCAGAUUCCUGAGAAACUUGAACUGACUAGCGAAGCUACAGAAAACCCUUUGCAGUCACCCUGGUGUUUACAGAAUCGCGAACAGCUACUAAAAUCCCUACCAGAGUUAAGUGCUUCUGCAGAGUUCUAUGUAGAAGAUAGACCAAUGCCUAAGUUGGAAAUUGAGAAUGAAAUUGAAUUAGAUAAUGAAGAUUAUUGUAUUAAGCAAGAAUACCUAAUAUGUGAAGAUUACAAGUUAUUCUGGGUAGCACCAAGAAACUCUUCAGAGUUAACUUUAAUAAAGGUAUUCACUCAUCCUGUCCCAUGGGAUUUUUACAUCCACCUCAAGCUAAAGGAGCGUCUAAAUGAAGAGUGUGAUCAGUUUUGCAGCUGUUACCUAUACCAAGACGGUUGUAUCAUUUGGUACCAAUAUAUAAACUGUUCCACCCUUCAGGAUCUUCUCCAACACAGUGAAUUUAUUACCAGUGAAAUAGCAGUACUGAUUAUUUAUAAUGUGUUGACAUUAGUGGAGAAACUACACAAAGCAGAAAUCGUUCAUGGAGAUCUGAGCCCAAAGAGUCUGAUUCUACGAAACAGAAUCCACGAUCCCUAUGAUUUCAAUGAGCACAAUCAAGCUUUGAAGAUAGUGGACUUUUCCUAUAGUGUUGACCUGAGAGCGCAGCUAGAUGUUUUUCCCCUCAGCGGCUUUCGGACUCUACAAAUCUUGGAAGGUCAAAAGAUCCUGGCUAACUGUUCUUCUCCCUACCAGGUAGACCUGUUUGGUAUAGCAGAUUUAGCACAUUUACUAUUGUUCAAGGAACACCUACAGGUCUUCUGGGAUGGGUCUCUCUGGAAACUCAGCAAAAAUAUUUCUGAGCUAAAAGAUGGUGGAUUGUGGAAUAAAUUCUUUGUGCGGAUUCUGAAUGUCAGUGAUGAGUCCACAGAGUCGGUUCUGAGAGAACUCGCAGCAGAAAUGAAUGAGGUUUUUGACAGCACAUUCCACAGUCACCUGAACAAAGCCCUGUGGAAUGUAGGGAAGUUAAUUAGUCCUGGGGCUUUGCUUCUUCAGAAGGACAGGCAGAUUCCUACCUGACACACAUGGGUGGACUGUGGAGCACUGGGUCUGUACAUGCUGUAAUUAACUGACGGUACUUGUAGGCACACUACCAAUACUUGUGUCCUUUCUGGUAGUUACUCUGGUCUACUUUCUGAGUAACUGGCAUUUUCUACAUAGCAGUGGGCCUGUGUCAGCCUUAUGACUCACUUUUAUUCUAAAUGGUUGCAUGAGAAUGAGCACUCAGUUGCAUUUAACCUUUAAGUUUCUGCUUUCCUCUGUACACAAAUAACCUUGUAUUUUAUAAAUAAUAAAGUAGCAUUUGUUAAAUUUG